GGUAUGGGCAGCAGCUUCACUCCUCAACUUUUUACAGGAGAUUUUACCACUGGUACUCUACAUUUGUCACGCUUUACAUCAGCUGGAAAUGGAUUUCUGAACGGAAUACGCUGGAAGUGAGCCCGACGCGAGUUAUUUCGACCGUUUAAAUUCAUUUUUUUGUUGUACGAGUUGUUGAAGGAAGAGGGGAAAAUGCCAGUUGCAACUCUUCUACCUUUUACCGCGACCCCGAAUAGGAAGUCUGCCAGCCCGACCUCUUUCAGGUUGACUGAGAAAUUUAUUUUGUUACUAGUGUUCAGCGCCUUUAUAACCCUGUGUUUCGGGGCUAUUUUCUUCCUACCGGACUCGUCAAAGCUGCUACACGGAGUUUUCUUUCAUUCCUCCGCGGUGGAGACCAACACCCGCACCGGGCAGGACACCGUGGACUCAGGUUCGGCUGGAAAUGACGAGAAGGUCCUGGCCAAAAUCAGGAAAGACCACGAAAAGGCUCUGAUAGAGGCGAAGGAUACUCUACAAAAGCGACCCGAUGAGAUUAAACAAGACAUUAUCAAGGAGAAAGAGAAAGUUGUGAAGGAGAGUAUAGGUCAAGGUGGGAAAGAUGUCAAUAAUUUACCUUUCAUUGAGUAUCACCGCCCACCGGGGGCGACUGGACACGAACCUCUGGACUCCGAAACCAGGGAGAGACGGGCCAAAGUCAAAGAGAUGAUGAAACAUGCGUGGGACAGCUACAAGCGCUUCGCCUGGGGUUCCAAUGAGCUCCGGCCUGUCUCCAAGCAAGGCCACUCCAGUAAUCUAUUUGGGAGUAUAAAGGGAGCGACAAUAGUGGAUGCUUUGGAUACUCUCUACAUCAUGGAAAUGUUUGAAGAUUUUGAUGCUGCAACUGAGUGGGUGGAGAAGAACCUCGACUUCAAUGUGAAUGCGGAGGUGUCUGUGUUUGAGGUGAACAUCCGGUUCGUUGGAGGACUGCUGUCUGCCUACUACCUGUCUGGAAAGGAGGUGUACCGUAGAAAGGCGGUGGAGCUGGGUGAGAAGCUGCUGCCAGCCUUCAAAACGCCCACCGGCAUUCCCUGGGCUCUGCUUAACCUCAAGAGUGGCAUUGGCAGAAACUGGCCAUGGGCAUCGGGUGGCAGCAGCAUCCUCGCAGAGUACGGCACCCUGCAUCUGGAAUUCAUGCACCUCAGCAAACUUUCAGGAAACCCUGAGUUUGCACAGAAGGUAAUGAACAUCCGGAAAGUUCUGAAUCGCCUGGACAAACCUCAAGGCUUGUAUCCCAACUACCUGAACCCCAACAGUGGCCAGUGGGGCCAACAUCACGUGUCCGUGGGUGGACUGGGUGACAGUUUUUAUGAGUACCUGCUCAAAGCCUGGCUGAUGUCUGACAAGACUGACGAGGAGGGCAAGAAGAUGUACUAUGAUGCGCUGCAGGCAAUAGAAACCAAUCUGAUGAGGAAGUCCAGCAGCGGCCUGACCUACAUUGCCGAGUGGAAGGGGGGGCUGCUGGAGCAUAAGAUGGGACACCUGACCUGUUUCGCAGGUGGAAUGAUUGCUCUGGGUGCUGAUGGGGCGCCAAGUGACAAAACAGGCCACCAGAUGGAGCAGGCGGCUGAGAUCGCCCGGACCUGUCACGAGUCUUACACAAGAACUGCACUGAAGCUGGGUCCAGAGGCGUUUCGUUUUGACGGCGGGGUUGAGGCCAUCGCCACCCGCCAGAAUGAGAAAUACUUCAUCCUGCGUCCUGAGGUCAUAGAGACAUACAUGUACAUGUGGAGGUUCACUCAUGACCCCAAAUACAGGGAGUGGGGCUGGGAAGCUGUCCAGGCCUUGGAGCAGCACUGUAGAGUAGAAGGAGGCUACAGCGGCGUCAGGGACGUCUACGCUUCAGCUCCAAAUCACGACGACGUACAGCAGAGCUUCUACUUGGCCGAGACGCUCAAGUAUCUCUACCUUCUCUUCUCCGAUGACGACCACUUACCAUUCGACCACUGGGUCUUCAACACGGAGGCUCACCCUCUGCCCAUCAUGAGGAAGGACCAAACAGACAGACCCAACGAGGUGGAGUAACAGACCAAAAGACAAAGUGUGAGAACCUCUGAUCCUGUACACCUGAGCCUCCUGCUGAAACCUGACUAGCCAUGUGGAGUUACAGAUGCCUCUUGAUGGGAUUUAAUUUUUAUUUUGAAUGGAAUCAAAUGAAGCUGAAUUCUUCCUGUAGAUUCCAGUUUUGUUUUUUAAGCUCUGGUUGAUUCCAGACGCUAAUUUGAACCAACAUAUUUUCUGCUGGAUUACAUAAUAACUCAUCCAAAGAAUGCAGUGGUAUCAUCAGAGAGAUGUUAAUAUUCCUGAGGAUGAAAUCCUCUCUGAAGAUGGCAUUUCAUUUAGUGGGAGUUUAUUCACUUCCAGGUUUUCUCAGAGGGACAGUCAGACCAGUUCUCAUGUUAUUCGUCAGUGAUUUUGUUGUUUGUAGCUGCAGCUCCGCCUGUUUGUUUCUGUGGAGGAGAACACUGACACCAGGACCAGUCGUCUCCAUAAUGUGGAUAUUUUUUGGACCAGGUUUGGGACCCAGAAAAACACCAAUCUGAGGAUUUUUGAGGCUGACUUAUUGAGCUAAAGGACGCUCAGUUUACUUCUCUGUCUUUUGCUUCAAAAUUUGAUUAGGAACCAACGAUGGUCCCAAAACCACCAUCUUCCGACAUCUUCUCCUUCAGAAGAGAAUUUUCUUCUCUAAAAACGUGCGAUUGUCUCUGUGGGAGUAAAACAAAGACGCAGCACAACCCGAGCCUCUUUUUAUAAACCCACAGAGCUUUUUAGACGUCUGCUUCCCUCCCUCUCUCUGAGCGAAGAGUGACACCGGACGAAAAGUCACACGAAGCUCUGUACCUGCCAGUAAAGUCACCCUCUCCCCUUGACGUUUACACAAAGCUGUCCCUCUUCUUCUCCACUUGUCUUUUGCAGAUCUAAAACUCACUCAAUAUGUUUCUUUUCUGUUGACUUUCUCACGUUCACUGAUAUUUACUUGGGUUUGACCGAGACAGGCCUUUUAAAGCUGAUUUCUUACACGCCUUCCUACAAACUUCAAUCUAUUUCAUAAAUUUGUCCUGGAAAGUUUGCACAUUUCUCCUUCUUGAUUUAUAAAAUCAUAUACAAAAAGCCUCCUUUUGAUAAUUACAAGGUUGCUGGGGGAAAAACGCACCAAAAAAUGGAGAAAAGCUUUCACUUUCAAUGUAGAGCCACAUUUCCUGGUCUGAUUUAUCAGAUUGAGUUCGCCCAGCUGUGUGUGUCAGAGCACGGACAUGCGUUUGCCUUAAAAUGCCUAUAAAUGCUCUUAAAAAAGAUCUUUGGACUUAUUUUGGCACAUUUAUGUGAUGCAAAGGCACAAAUAUAUUUUAACAGUUGGAUUAAAGCAGCUCCUUGUAAAAGUGUACACCUUCAGCAUCAUUACAAUGAUACUCUGAGUGGUUGUAUGGAAAGUGGAGCUCCUUGCCUUUUUUAUUCAGCUCACUCAAAGCCUGUACUUGAACUGUAUAACUUGGGUUGAGAUGGUGGGAUCUCCUAGGGGAAUUUAUGGCACAGUUUUCACAAAAAAGCCCUGAAGGCAGGCUCCUUUUUCUGGUUUUCUCUCCUUCCAUGAUGUCCGUAUUAGACGUGAUUCAAGGCAAAGGUGGGUAGAGAUAAUCAAAAUUUAGCUCUAUUUUCACCAUGAUCAAAUACCUUGCCUGUAUGACAUUUACCCUGUUAAUUCUGCUCAAACUCAAUCACAGCAGGGGCAGGAUUCGGUAUUCAGGUCUAACCUGAGGGCCUAACAGGGUCACCUUUUUAACCAUAAACUCUCAACCUCAUUUUGAAAUUUAAAAACAAAAAAUAAAAAGAUAAGUUUAAAGGCUCAAAAUCUGAGAAAUAGUCAAUUUAUUUGUCCAAACGGGUCAAAACAUGAAAUUGAAAUUAGAAAUAAAUGUUUUAAAAGGCAAAUAUGUUAAAAAGAAAGUAAAAUCAUGAAAUUAAAAGUCAAAAUAUGAUUCAGAUUUUUCAAUUGUGAGUCGAA